AUGAGUUCCUCCCUCGAGGCCAAGAUCGUCGUCCUCGGCGCACAGGGUACCGUACCCCUCCAAAGCAGAACAAAUCAGACCCUGCAUACAGAUCAGCUUACAUACUACCUCACCCAUUUAGGAGUCGGCAAAACCUCCCUCGUGCAACGCUACGUCCGCAACGCAUUUGACCCCUCAACAACUACCUCCACCGUUGGCGCCUCCUUCGUAACAAAACGCGUCCUCGAUACCCCCUCCGACACAACCGUUCGUCUACAAAUAUGGGACACAGCCGGCCAAGAGCGAUUCAGAAGUAUCUCGCGACUGUACUAUCGCGGGGCACACGCCUGUCUCCUCUGCUACGACAUCACAGACGAAACCUCCUUCCAAGAAAUGGCCGGCUGGCUCCGCGAACUACGGCGCAACCUCGGCAAUGAAAGCGGUGGAGGCGGAGCAGGUAGCGGUGUGGAAGAUCAGCAACCCCUCGUGAUACACGUCGUGGGAACGAAAUCCGACAUUGUCUCCGAGGAUCCGAGUUGUCGUCGCAUCCCCUUCGAACGAACUAUCGCCUAUGUCGCCGAGCAACUCUACCCAACACAAGCAUCCACGCCGCCCGCCACCGCCAUGGGAAUCAACAAUGCCGGACUUGGAUUUGGUAAGCGGAGCUCAGCAUUCUGGGGCCAGGAAAUUGGAUGGGACUGUUGUCAUGAGAUUAGUGCGAAAGAUGGUGAAGGGAUUGAAGAAGUCUUCCGUGUUAUUACGCGGAAGCUGGUUGAGCAGCGAAAUCGACGGGAUGCGGAGGCUGCUGCGCUGGCUGCUGUCACUCCAAGCAUGGAUGGGGUAUUUGGCAUGCCGACGCCUAGUGUUGAGGGGAGCUUUCGACUGGGGAUUGGCGAUAAGAGGAGGAGUUGGCUUGGACUGGCGACGCCGAAUAUCGAGACCGAGGAGGUGCAGGUCGUUCAGGCUCGCCGGAAGGGGGGAUGCUGCUAG